AUGGCUUCAAUGGGUUUUCUCCAGUCCUUAUCCAAUAACACAGGUGGCAUUGUAGCUGCUCUAGCUGCGAUUGUCUUGGCGCACGCUAUUUGGAAAGCAUUCUACAAUGUCUUUCUUCACCCGCUACAAGCCUUCCCAGGGCCAACGCUGCUUGGAAUGUCCCGAAUCCCAUAUUGCUGGAGACUACUCCGAGGAACAUUGCCAUAUGAUAUACUCGACCUUCAUAAAAAAUACGGGGAUGUGGUACGCAUUGCACCUGAUGAACUAGCCUUCUCAAAUGCGACCGCGUUGAAAGAGAUCAUGGGUCAUCAACACGGCAAAGAGUUCCGAAAAUUGAAGAGCUUCUAUCGCCCUGUCGAUGCCUCACCCGUGAACGUUGUGAAUGCCGAGCGUGAAGAGCACAGUAUUCUCAGACGUCAGCUUGCACAUGGCUUUUCUGAAAAAUCAAUGCGAGAGCAAGAGCCGGUAAUUAAUGUGUACAUAGAUUUACUGAUUCAGCGGUUACAUGAGAACUGUGCGAAUGGCAAGGCAUUGAAUCUAACUGCGUGGUACAACUGGACCACGUUUGAUAUCAUUGGUGACCUUGCUUUUGGUGAACCAUUUGGUUGUCUCCAGAACUUGAAAGAUCAUCCUUAUGUCCAUUUAAUCUUUCAAUCUGCGCGCGCUGGUACAAUCUUUAUAACCGUUGGAUUCUAUCCACUACUUAACAAGUUUUUCUGGGCAUUGAUGCCCAAAUUUGUGUUGGCACGAUAUAUCCGACAGACAGAAUUAUCGAGGGAAAAAUUGCAAAGGCGAAUGGAGCCUGGUAAUGAAAGAUCCGAUCUCAUCGAGGCACUCCUGCAGAAAAAAGAUGAGUUGAAUCUUAGUCUUGACAAUCUCCAAUCAAAUGCGAACGUGUUUAUUAUUGGUGGCUCUGAGACAACAGCUACCCUUCUGACUGGUGUGACAUAUCUCCUGCUAUCGAGUCCGUCAGCCCUUGAAAAAUUGACGAAGGAGGUACGGUCUACAUUUGAUAAGGAGCAGGAAAUUACCAUGGCCUCGGUAAAUCAGUUGACAUAUAUGCUGGCUUGUUUGAAUGAGGCUUUGCGUGUGUAUCCGCCAAUUCCAGCUGGAUUGCCUCGCCUUGUUCCUUCCAAGGGUCAUGUCAUUCUUGGACGAUACGUUCCUGGAGAUACAAUCGUUGCAUUGCACCAUUGGGCAAUGUAUCACAACGAAAAACAUUUUACUGAUCCACACUCCUUCACCCCUGAGCGCUUCCUAGGAGAUCCAAGGUAUGCAAAUGAUGAGUUUGAGAUAUUACAACCCUUCAGUGUUGGGCCUCGGAACUGUUUAGGAAGAAAGAUGAAGAUAGCUGAUUUUAUACUCACUGACAGCUUGGCAUACGCUGAAAUGCGCAUGAUCUUGGCUCGGAUUAUAUACAAUUUCGAUAUGAGUCUUGUUGAAGAAAGCAAAGGGUGGAUGGAAAGGCAGAAGAUCUAUUCAUUUUGGCAAAAAGGUCAACUUUAUGUGCGGCUUACACCUGUGAGAAAGUAA